UUACUUACCCAUUAAUCACAGCGCAGUUACGCAGCUCAUAAUCUCCUUAACUAAUAAUAUUGUCCUGGCUUCUUAUCAAAGGGAUCUUUAAUACACACACAACAACAAUCAGCAUGCUGCGCGUUUACACUUUUUCACACCUCGUUCACUACAAAGACAAAUUGGUUUCGAUACACAACGACCUUGUCACGUUUAAGUCUUUGAGCGCUCCCGUGGAUCACACACGCCCUCAACCCAUCUGCAGCUUGACAGAUCUCUUCAAAGGACGCGAGGAGAGAGGGGUGUGAUUAUAAAUCCAGGUCUCAGCAUCUCACCUGGAGCAUUUGGGAAUCUACCUGUGGAAGAGACAACACCACACCUGGGAAUUAUGAAGGGACUAGCUGUGGAUUUCUCUUGUGCGCUUCUUCUUCUGCUGGUGGAUUUGGUUUUGGGUCUCGCUGCGCAGACCUUUCCUGGGAUGCAUCCUGACGCACUGCUCCGUGGGAUGAGUGCCGGGUCCAGACGCACCGUGCAGAGGCAGCAGGACAGCAGGCUGCCCCUCUACAUGAUGCAGCUCUACCGGACCAUGCUGACCGAGGACCGGGACAGGACUCCGGCUGCCAGCCUGAGCCACAUCAGGGUGGAAGACAACCCCGGGCUGCACGCCUCUGACUCUGUCGUCAGCCUUGUUGCAAAGAGCUGCCUGCAGGUUGGCAACAAGUGGUCCGUCACCUUUGACCUCUCCUCCAUGUCUGCAAGUGACAACAUCCAACUGGCUGAGCUCCGCAUCCGCCUCCCUGCCUUCUCAGAGUCUUCCCACGCCUCAGUGGACAUCUACCAUUCCCACAGGGACGGAUGCUCUGGCAUGCACUGCCCGGAGAACAAGCUUCUCUUGGGCCGCCUGAGAGCUCAUCCCAGCUCCAUGGUCUCCCCUUCUUCCUGGAAGGUGUUCAACAUGACGGAGAUGCUCAGUCGCUGGCUGCAGCAGGAGCAGUCCACACAGAGGAUGGAGGAGGAGGAGGUGGAGGAGGAGAAGCAGGAGGGAGUCCAACACUCUACAACCGACCGGGUCAUGAUGGUGGUCUACUCAAAGCAGAACCCAAACAGCCAGCGAAUGCCGACACUCAUCCGCACAGCAGAGCACUCCAAGUACGUCAGCCUGGACCGGGAGCGAGGGGCAGCCAGCCUUGGUUCCAGACUGAGGAGCCGCAGGUCCAGGAGGCACCAUCACGCUCAUCAGCAGAGACAGAGAGUGGCUGGAACUGCUCCUGUCAGCAAGCCCACAGAGGAGGAGAAGAAGGGUCCUCUCUGCAGGAAGGUGGACAUGAUGGUGGAGUUUAAGAAGCUCGGCUGGAGCGAGUGGAUUGUCUAUCCUAAGCAGUACAAUGCCUAUCGCUGUGAGGGGAGCUGUCCCACACCUGUGGAUGAGACCUUCACUCCAACCAACCAUGCAUACAUGCAGAGCCUUCUGAAACUUCACCACCCAGACAAGGUGCCAUGUGUGUCCUGUGUGCCAACACGCCUGGCUCCGCUGUCCAUGCUGUACUUCGAGAACGGGAAGAUGGUCAUGAGGCAUCACGAGGACAUGGUGGUGGAGGAGUGCGGCUGCCACUGAGCAAGAGACCUGAAAACCUUUGGGUUAAAGGUCAGAUAGACUGAAGCUGCUGCUGAGCUGUCGGCCCAGACGAGUCUACAGCUGCAGGACUGAACGGCUCAGAGGCACAACGUGGAUGGAUUUCCACAGGCACUUUGCAGAGACGUCCAGUUUGACACUGGGACAGAGGCUGCUGCUGCGAUGCAGGACAUAACUGAAGGUAACUACUCUGUAUCCUGGACACAGCUCUCAAAAGUUUUAAAUUAUUGCUACCUUUUGAAGGAGAUAAUGUGACCUUAAUUGUGUCUUCAUUUGCAAUUGCAUGAGCUAUAAUUCAUAAGGACUGAUAAUGCUGAUAAAGAUGAAACAAGGUGAG